GACUACGACAUCAUAAUCGACGCUCUUCCGUCGGGUUCAAUCAACGACCUCCACAAGAUCACAAAGCAGAUGGUGGUGGCCAGGUUUGGUAAGGAGUGCUCGCACGUGUAUAGCACAUGCAGGAGGGAGUUUUUGGAUGAGAGCUUGUCCAGGUUAAGGUUACAGAAGCUGAGCAUUGAGGAAGUGCAGAAAAAGCCUUGGCAAGAUCUUGAGGACGAGAUUGAGUGGUGGAUCAAAGCCGCAAACAUAGCAAUUCGCAUCUUCUUCACCAACGAGCGUCAUAUGUAUGAUUGUGUCUUUUUUGGCUUUUCCUCUGCAACAGAUCUCUCCUUCAUGGAGGUCUGCGAUGGCUUUACGAUUCAGUUACUAAUUUGUGCUGAUGCAAUUGCUAUUGGAAUCCAAUGGGUGGAGUGCGAUGAACAUUAAUGGAGUUAGUAGUAGAUUUGACGGAAGUUAGUUUUCCGU